AUGUUACUGUAUAUGAUUCAUAUGAUGUUUCAAUUUGAGUGUGAGUUCGGACAUGUUCGGACUCCACAUUUUGCAGACCACUUGCGCCCGCGUGGCCCCCGCCACCAAAACUUUGUUCCCCCAAGGCCCAUGUGCUAUCAACAUUUCUGCGAAAAGAUCGUGGAAGCGACCGGGGGGCCGAUCGACUUUCCUGCUGCCUGGGUCGCAGGCGACGUGGCCGACACCAAGCUUGCCGCCCUGCAGGAUAUGGAAGAGAGGUAUCGGAUAGAGGAGCCCGAGCUUGAACGGUCACCUGAAAGGUGA